AUGUUGGUCCGUGAGAACGCGCCUGGGGCGGGGCCACGCGGGGGCUCCUGGGAGUUGCAGUCCGUGGGAGAGGAAUUCGCAGUCUCCGCAGCCCCCGAGCGGAGGCUUGCGGACAAUCCUGGGAAGGUGGCGGGGGCCUACAGGGCGCGAGGCGCUGGGCCCUGGGCCCGCCCCAGGCGGGGAUGGGACCGAGCGCGGGCAACCGGACUGGCCCUGCCGCUGCUGCUGGCGCUUCUGCUAGCGCUGGCGGGCGGCGGGGACGCGUUCUACCUCGAGGUCCGCGAGCUGGAGGAGAAGUGCUUCAUCCAGGAGAUCCCCGAUGGCACGGUGGUCAUAGGUAACUACAAGACUGAGCUAUACGACCCCGCUGUGGAAAAGUACCAGCCUUCCCCGCAGUGGAUCAAUUUGUUCGUGUUUGUGAAGGACCCUGAGAACAAGAACCUGCUGUCCCGUCAGUAUGGCCCUCGGGGCAGCUUCACCUUCACCUCCCAGUCUCCUGGAGAGCACCAGAUCUGCCUUCACCUUGAGUCCAUCCGGUUCGCCCUCUUCUAUGAUGGCAAGCUGGCCAUUCACUUGGACAUGCAGUUGGGUGAGCGCACCAACGAUUAUACGGAAAUUGUGGCCAACGACAAGCUGAGUCUGCUGCAUCUGCGCAUACAGCAGCUGGUGGAACAGGUGGAGAAGAUCCAGAAGGAGCAGGAGUACCAGAGGUGGCGAGAGGAGCGCUUCCGGCAGACAAGCGAGAGUACCAACCAGCGGGUGCUGUGGUGGUCCAUUCUGCAAACCUUCAUCCUUGUGGCCACUGGCAUCUGGCAGAUGCUGCACCUCAAGAGCUUCUUUAAAGCCAAGAAGCUGGUUUAGAUGGACUCCAGAGAUCAGAGGCCUAGCCCCCACCCACUCCCCCUUCUGCUGGCAAAGGGAAGUAGCCUGGCCUGGCCUGCUCCUGGCUUCUCCCACCCCUCCCAACCCCACAGGGCUUCCUUGCUACUGGCAGGGGGAGAGAGGACCUCUUUAAACUGGUUUCUCAGCAAAGACUUGGGAGAGGAUGGGUUUCCAGCUGGAAACACGUGGGUGGGAGGGGCUGUAGUUUCUUUUGUGGCUCAUGUUGCUGAGCAGAAGGGGGUGAGUGUUCCCCCAACCCCCAUGUUAAAUAGAGUGGGUGACUUAUCCCAAGAGUGAAUAUAAACUAUAACUGUCAAACUUUCUGACCUAAACAUU